AUUUAGAGAUGCCAAUCUUGCCUCCUAUAUAUUCAGAGAGAUUAGGGGUCAUUCUCGCUUGGUUUGCUUUUCUUUUAGGGUUAGGGUUUAUUGGAAUCUGAUCGAAUGGACGAGGUAGGAGAGCACAGCAGAGUGAAGGGUGUGGUCAAAUGGUUCAAUGAUCAGAAGGGCUUUGGGUUCAUCACUCCGAACGAUGGCGGCGAAGAUCUCUUCGUCCACCAGUCCUCGAUCAGAUCUGAGGGCUUUCGCAGUCUCGGGGAUGGUGAGGCGGUAGAAUUCUUGGUCGAGUAUGGUGGUGACGGCCGUAUCAAAGCGGUCGAUGUCACUGGCCCAAACGAGGGGCCGGUUCAGGGUACUACCCGUGGCGGCGGCGGCGGCGGAAGAGGCGGAGGCGGUGGUGGGUAUGGCUUCAGUGAGGGUCGAAGUGGCGGUGGCGGUCGAAGUGGCGGUUAUGGCGGUAGUUAUGGCAGUCGUGGCGGUGGGGGUGGGGGUUACGGUGGUGGGAGUUACGGCGACGGCGGUGGCUAUGGAGGUGGGAGUUAUGGUGGCAGCGGUGGGUAUGGAGGUGGGGGUUACGGUGGUAGCGGAGGUGGUGGUUAUGGUGGCGGAGGUGGAGGUAACAAUUGUUACAAGUGUGGGGAGGCGGGGCAUAUGGCGAGGGACUGUUAUCAGGGCGGUGGAGGCGGAGGUGGAAGUUAUCAGGGCGGUGGAGGCGGUGGUGGAAGGUAUGGCGGUGGAGGCGGUGGUGGAAGGUAUGGCAGUGGCGGCGGAGGUGGUGGGGGUGGCGGUUGUUACAACUGUGGGGAGCAAGGGCAUUUUUCCCGAGAUUGCCCCAACUCUGCUCGCUGAAAUGGAUUGAAAAGGAAGGGUAAAUGUGUAUUUUCACGUUUUACUCCCUCUCUUCUGCAUUUAGGUUUACCGCCUUAGAAUUUAUCAAUCUUGAAUAAUAUUAGUAGUAUUGUCGUUAUAUGGCCUCCUCUGAAGUAUGGUUUAGCUAUUGGCUUUCUUAGGUUUGGGAUAUAUGCUUUAUUGGCAAGAAAUAUUUGGAAUUUUGUUGGUGUGUCUUUAUUUUUGUGUGGGGGGGAGUCCAAAGAAGGCAAUUUACAUAAUGUUGUGGGUAUGCUAUCUCUAUCUUCAUAUAUAUAUAUAUAUAUAUAUAUAUAUAUAUAUAUGCAUACAUAUUGACCUGAUCUUAAUGAAUUGGAGUUUUUUUAAUUA